UCAGACGGAGACAAAUAAAAUCUAGGCACUCUUUGCUCCACCCACUUUUCAAAGGGCAAAGCCAACGGCGCUAUACCAAUACAGUACUUGUGUUUGCGAAUGUUGCAGUAUUUUAAUCCACUAUGUCGACAUCUGAGGUUUAUGAUUACAUUGUAAUCGGGGCUGGCGUGCAAGGAUCCUUUACUGCUUAUGAGCUGGUUAAAACGAAAAAGAAAACCCUACUCCUUGAGCAGUUUACUCUACCUCACACUCGAGGGAGUUCCCAUGGCCAAACCCGUAUGAUCCGUAAGGCUUACGACCAAAACUUCUACGCAGAUAUGAUGGAUGAAGGCUAUGAACUGUGGGCUCAGCUCGAGAGGGAGGCUGGUGUCAAACUGUUCAGGCGAACAGGACUUCUGGUGAUGGGACCAGAAAACAGUCAGAGCUACCUAGACUUUAAGAGUACCCUGGAGAAGAAAAAGAUUCCUAUGAUGGUCUUGACCCCUGAUAACUUCAAUCAACACAUUCCUAAUGUCAUCCUUGCUGAUGGAGAUGGUGCUUUUGUGGACACCACUGCUGGAGUAUUGUAUGCAGAUCGGGCACUCAAGGUUGCACAGGAGCAGUUUCACAAACUGGGUGGUGUCAUUAAAGACCAAGAGAAGGUAAUCGACAUCAAACCUGGCCUGACUGUGACUGUUUCAACCUCUGCUGGUGUUUAUCAAGCCAUGGGUCUUGUGAUCACCGCCGGACCUUGGGCUAAUAAAUUGCUGGCCCACGUGAACCUACAUCUUCCACUAGAGGUGGUGAGAAUCAAUGUGUGCUAUUGGAAGGAGAAGGUACCUGAUUUAUACCAUGUGAAUAAACGCUUUCCCUGCUUCUUGCUGACUGAAGGAGAGGGAGUUAAAGACCAUAUUUAUGGCUUUCCUUCCAACGAAUACCCUGGCCUUAUAAAGAUUUGCGAGCAUGAAGACGCGCAAGCACGGUCGCGCUCGUCAAAUAUUUGCUACCAUAACGGCAGUGAGACUGACCCGGACCAACGAGACAAGAAGACAGACUGUGCCGAUAUUGAUAUCCUCCGACGUUACAUCGCCCAUUAUUUGCCAGGCGUAAUUCCUGAUCCCGCUGUGAUCGAAAGCUGCAUGUAUACGUUAACACCUGACCGUCAUUUUGUACUUGACCGCCACCCUGCAUACGGCAAUAUCGUGAUUGGUGCAGGAUUCUCAGGUCAUGGCUUCAAGUUUGGACCAGUCAUUGGCAAGUUGCUGUGCGAGCUGAGCCUGGGAGAACUGCCAUCUUAUGACCUUUCACCCUUCCAAAUCAGCCGCUUCCAGACCAUUAAAUCACCUUUAUAGAAAUGUGCUUUUAAGUUUUAUUUGUGAUGUGAAAAAUGCUGACGGUUAUUUGUAUCAUAUUUAUCAUGUACUUUUCAUUUGAGGAAUUUCCAGUUGAUACAGCGGAAAGAAUAUCAUAAAACAAGUGCUAUGGCCUAAAUGUUUUUUGAAAUAAAUGUUAUGAUAGCAAUGUGUAGGUUUUCAAGAAAAUUUUACGUGAAAUUAUAGCUACAAAUUCUACAAAGAUAUCGCAAAGACAUAGACCUAUUUAAACAAGUGUGUUUUGUUUCAGGUACACACAGAUAUUAUAUAUAUUGAAGAAGACAAAAAACUUUCACGAAUAAGACAUUGAUUCAAAUCAAUGUGAAACACCAGUUAAAGUGGAAAUCCAGUGGUUUGCAUGAACAACGUAAGCGGAGCUCCACCGAGCGGCGUAGCCGUGAGCUUACUCCCUGGCCAGGCAAGCUCGUCAGACUCCGCGCCAUUACGCUCAAAGAACCAUCCGAGUAUUCAACAUUAUUUACAGCCGAGGGGCGGAAUUUGCUGCCGGGUGAGCGAGCUGAUGGCUACGCCGCUCGGCGGCAUUAUUUACAGCCACAGGUUCAAAUCUGUAUGGAAGUAUUCCUCCGUCUUCCCGAUGAACCAAACAGCUGAGCCGCUCACCGCCGUGCCGUUCACGACUGUGUAUGGAAGUAUUCCUCCGUCUUCCCGAUCAACCAGGGAACCACCAUCAACCUUUUAUUUCUUCACCAAAUGAGGAUAAAUCCGAGAAAUCAGCGUUGGGCAUAAUGGUGUCCCAUGUAAUCAAGCGUUUGGAACAGCACGUAACACGUCACAUACGCCCACGUAGUUCAUGUGACUUGUGAAAAUGGCAGCAUGUGAGGAGAGAUGGAAAUAACGUUCAUUAAGCAAAAAGACUCUGCCCAGAUGUUCCCCAUCAAACCCUCACAACUAAUUUGGAACUGCCAAGGCUGAUUGACUUCCACCCACGGAGUCAGAGACAACUCACCCUUAGGCAGUCAUCAGCUGAAAGCUGCAACUUCAUUUUAGAUCACCCUAUAGUCAGAACACACUCUCUCACACCCUUUAUCACAAGGAGGACCAACACCCCAGUCUGCCAAUCCAGAGGCACUGUCCCCGAUGUCCAAGCGAUGUUGCAGAGGCAUGUCAACCAGGACAACACCACAACACCCAGAACCUUUAAGAACUUCUGACGAAUCUCACCCACCCCUGGGGCCUUACCACCGAAGAGCUUUUAAACCACCUUGGUGACCUCAACCCCAGAGAUAGAAGAGCCCGGCUCAGAGAACCAAGACUCUGCUUCCUCAUAGGAAAGCGUGUUGGUGGAAAGGAGGUCUUACAAGUAUUCUAACCACCGACUCACAACCGCUCGAGUCGAGGUCAACAGCGCCCCAUCCUUGUUAUACACAUUGUUGACAGUGCAAUGCUUCCCACUCUUCAGACGCUGGAAGGUGAAUCAGAAUUUCCUUGAAGCCGUCUUGAAGUCUUGCUCCAUGGCCUCACUGAACUCCUGCUAUGCACGGGUUUUUGCUUCAGCGACCACCAAAGCUGCAUUAGCCAGACAGUACCCAUCAGCUGCCUCAGAAGUCCCACAGGCCAAAAAUGCCAGAUAAGACUCCUCAUUCAGCUAAACAGAAUGCCUCACCGUUGGUUCUUUCACCCUUUUAGGUCUCACUGUCAUUGCCAACAUGAAAAUUGAAUUACCCCAGCAAAAUGAUGGAGUCCCCUAUAGGAGCAUCUCAUCUCCCUCUUCUUCUUUUCCUUCUGGCUUGUCUCGUCAAGUGCCGCCAAAGCUCUGCUCUAGAUAACAUGGCAGCCGCAUUGCAGAAGAUAGCACAAGAACAAGAACAUCUAAUCAUCAGAGCUGUUAGAACCAGGAGCACCUGUUGUCUGUUAAAUAAAUGAUGACAAACUUCACCACACAUGUACUCAACAGUCUUCCACACACACAUGAACAAACAAGUACACUUUUUUCCUUAUAUUUUGCUCCUCUAUCUCCUUUUUGCAAAUCCAUGUAAAUAAAGGGUGUUUGAAACCAAAUAAAUAGACGUGCUGAGGAGAGGAUAAUCAGAGAGUGCAGUAGUAAAUUGUAUGAGACAGUUCCUCUCCUCGCUCCUCAC